AUGCCCGAUAACGACGGACCUAAUUCGGCCGAACGGUCAGACCACCACGUAAGUGCAACCAGCCUUCAACCUUCUCACCUAUCUCUUUUAGAUUGGUACGGCGUCAGGCAUACCCAGAUCAUCCUACUAUCAUUUUUGGUCGCAAUUUCUUACGGAUUUAGCGUCACCCUGUCGGUGGGGGUGGUCGCAAUGACCGAUCCCGAAACGUGCCCAAAUCCCGACGUUCCCACGUACGAGUGGAACGACCAAAGCGUAAUUCUGUCGUCGUUCUACGUCGGUUACGUCAUUCCGCAAGUGGCCGCCGGGCAGUUGGCGAAGAGCUACGGACCUAAGUGGUUUUUGGUGGUGACGUUCGCGCUCGGUUCCCUGUUGAGCAUUUUAACGCCGAUAGCCGCUUCGUUCGGCUCGUGGACGAUUAUUUCGUGUAGGGUGCUGUUGGGGCUUACGCAAGGUUUCGUUUACCCUUCCGCCCAUAAUCUGCUGUCCAAGUGGGUGCCACCGCAAGAGCGAGCGCGUUUGGGUACCUUGGUCUACGCAGGAGGACCGCUUGGUACUGUAGUUGCCAUGGCGGUUACAGGGUUGCUGUCAGAAACGUGGUUGGGUUGGCCCUCCGCCUUUUAUUUCUAUGGUUUGGUUGGGAUGAUAUGGACGGGUGUUUAUAUAGUUUUUGGGAGCAACACGCCAAAUGACCACGGUAGUAUAGACCUAGAAGAAAAGCUUUACAUUUCGCAAGGUUUGGGGUUCGCUCAGGACAGUUGCUCAAGUGGAACACCAUGGAGGGCGAUUCUCACUUCGCGGCCUGUUUGGGCCGUUAUACUAGCCCAAUCUGCACACGCUUGGGUUUUCACUGCACUUUUUACUACCGUACCGACCUAUAUGGGAGGGGUUUUAGAAAUUGAUAUCAAAAACAUUGGAAUGCUGGCUGGUGUACCUUACUUGGUACUGUGGAUGAUGAGCUUUGUGUUUAGUUCCCUAACCGAUUGCGCUAUUACGCUUAAACACUUAAAGGUAGGGUUGGCGAGGAAAACUGCAACCACCAUCGGUUUCGCCAUACCAGCGGCUGCGCUAUUUGGACUUGGUUUAAUUAACAGUUUCGAAUUUGACGACUGGGAGCUAACUGUCGUCCUUCUGGUGAUUGCGAUUGGCAUCAACGCCAGCGCUUACUGCGGAUAUCACGUGAAUCACAUGGAUCUAUCCCCAAACCACGCGGGAACGCUAAUGGGAAUCGCAAAUAGUGCCUCAAACUUUUUCGCCGUUUUUGCUCCACUACUACAACAAUUCAUUGUAACCGACCAUCGUAAUCCUCAUCAGUGGGCCAUCGUGUUCUACACGUCUUCAGGUGUCUACAUCGUCGGCAAUCUCGUUUAUGUACUUUUUGGUUCGGGUGAGGCACAAACUUGGGACGAACUCAGUAGUUGUAAGGUUAUAUAA